AUGGAGUCCAGCGCCAAGAAGCUUAGCAGCCUCCGUAUCACCUCCCUGGAUGAUGAUGACGACGAGACCGAGGUCCCGCACCAGCCCCCUCCAGCAGGCCCCUCUGCCGCUGCAGCGGAUUACGAGGACGCCGACGAUGAGGAUGAAGAAGUGGAAGUGACGCUUGGUGUCCUUAGCAAACCGAAGCACCCAGGCCUCCUCCUCCGCCACUUGUUCCCCAGCAAGGCCGGCGGCAUCCCGGCGUGGCUGGACCCCGUGAACCUGCCGUCGGGGAAGUCCAGCUUCUGCGGUUUCUGUGGCGAGCCUCUGCAGUUCGUCCUCCAGAUUUAUGCACCAGAUGAAGACAAUGUAGCAGCCUUCCAUCGAACGCUGUUCGUGUUCAUGUGCCCAUCCAUGGCGUGCUUGCUUCGAGAUCAACAUGAACAAUGGAAACACAAGCAUGGGAAUCCAUGUAGAAGCGUGAAGGUCUUCCGGUGCCAAUUGCCACGGACUAACGCCUUCUACUCACCUCAGCCUCUAAAGCAUGAUGGCUCUGACAAACCACUGUGUCCAGGAGCUCCUGUAUGCCACUGGUGUGGUACCUGGAAAGGUGAUAAAAUAUGUAGUAGCUGCAAGAAAGCAAGAUACUGUUCUGAGAAACAUCAGGCACUGCAUUGGCGUACUGGUCAUAAAAAUGAUUGCCUCCAGAUAAUAAGUUCUUCUGCUGCUUCAAAUUCAGUUCUGCCAGCUGUAGGAAAAGUUCCUGCUAGCACUUCUUGGCCAGAAUUUGAAAUAGAAAUAGACUAUGAAGGUACUUUUGAUUCCGAUAGUGAUGAUGAAAAUAACUCAAAGUCGUUGGUGAUGCAAAGACAUGGGAAACCUGAUGCUAUGAUGCAGUCGUGGAUGGAUCAAUUUGAGGCUGAUGCUGACAACAAAUGCUGGGCAUCUUUUCAAGAGCGGAUCUCAAGAGCACCACAUCAAGUGUUGAGGUAUUGUCGAGAACCAAAUGCUAAACCUCUCUGGGCCUUAUCUUCUGGGUGUCCGUCAAAUGCUGAUAUCCCAUCAUGUAGCUACUGUAGAGGUCCAUUAUGCUAUGAAUUUCAGGUAAUGCCACAAUUGCUUUAUUUCUUUGGUGUGAGAAAUCAACCAGACUCACUUGACUGGGCAACAAUUGCUGUCUACACAUGUCAAGGGUCAUGUGACCAAAGUGUUAGCUACAAAGAGGAAUUUGCUUGGGUUCAGUUGUACCCUAUAACAACCACGAGGCAGUAA